AUUCCCCUUCCCAGUUUCUUACUUGUCGUAGGAGAGAAGUAGAUGAAGGGUGCAAAACCGGAAAGAAGAUCAUCCGUGUGCGAAUUACUGGAGUCGUGUCUACGACGGUCCUCGUCGGAUUAGUUCAACGACAAGGCCGUCACGGACUAAAACGUUACUCAGGAGCAUGUCAUAACGGAUGAUGCAAAAAGGAAAACCUAGAAAGCAAAUGGAUGGUUCUAUGUAGGAUUCCGGAAGGACUGCGCUGGAAGUGGAAAGUGAAGGAUUAGCUGCGAUGUCUUAACUGCAAGAAGUGGAAGACUGAACUCCAAGGGGCGGAAACGUCACUACAGGCUAGAGCAAAAACAAAAAGGAUUGACCUAUAUUUAUAAAAAACACAACGAGAAGUGCCUAAAAAAGUUUAAAAAAUAAAAGAAGGAAGUGCAAC